AUUUAAUUAUUUUCGUGUUUUUCGUUCUAAAAAUAAUAUUUCUCUUCUAUUACACUAUCAGUUACAUCUACUUAAAAUAAUAAAAAUCUACAUAAAAUAUCCCCUUUACUAUACAAUUAUGUCAAAAAAAUAAAACGUUAUUCUAAAGAUAUAACGUUAUCGUACCCUAUGGCUCGCCAUGAAACUCCACGUUCUUUCUAUCGAUGGCAAGCACGAAAUGUAAAUCAUUUCCAUUCAGAUUUGAAUUUUCGAUUACUCUUUUUUUAUACAUUCGUACGGUAUAAUGUACAUACGACGUGCUUCGUUAUGCACACCGCAGGUCAGCAGGAAUAUAGCUCUCGUCAAGCGGGUAUUACCACCGGCAUAGUGCUCGCUUGCCUGAUCCCCAUUGUGUUGAUAGUCAUCUGCGUCGGAUAUCGAGUUCUCAAGAGCCGUUGUUCUAAGGAAAACCGAGAACAUGAGGAGAGGACGCGGCAGGCGGAACUGCAGCGGUUGCGGAAGAUCGGCGAGGACGAGGAGUCCAUCCCCUACAGUCCGAGCAAAGCCACGGAGAUCAAUUAGCGAAGAGAUUUUAUAUAUAA